AUGCAUUCCACUUGUUUGGUAGGGAAUCUAUUGCCUUUAGAAACAGUUGCUCUCGACUCAUUCUCUUUCCAUUGGGUAGCUGAACGAAUUCUCCACUAUCGAUUAGAUGGUGCCCUCAAAUUAGAAACAAGAUUUGAUUGUCCAUACAAAGUAACCAAUGUCAAAGGAUUAAAUGUCACAGUUUCCAACGUUGAAUAUGGUACAAAGAGAAAGAGAAUCAAUCCACACAAGACCAUUUAA